GCCAUCAAGGGGUUUCUGGAAUACAUUCUAUUUCUGGGGUAUUUGGAGUUUACAGAGCCAAUACUCCUAAGCCGAAAAAGUUUCAGCACACUAAAUAGUUUUUUGGAAGUCGGAAGAAAAUACGAGGAAAUCGAGAACAUUAAGAUAGCAAAAGGUGUUCCUUUCUUGACAAUAUUCCAAAAAGGGAGGACUGUUCUGGAGAAAAAGGUUCUUAAAUACCACUCAGACGUGGAACUUACAGAUGUUGAGGAGAAAGCUGUGAUACAUUUUUUUUGCGUGAUAAAUACUGAUCUACAUGUGAAAUUAGAUGAAGUUACAAGAAUGCAGGCUGCAAAUGAGUUCAAGAGGAGUGUUACAAUUGCACACAACAUUCUUGGACCUCUUACUGGAGAGUGCAAAUAUUGUAAAUGAUUCCCAUGAAGCUGAAAUGUCUAAUUUCAAGAAAAGCUGUCAGAAAUCCUCAUGCCAGCGUUGUAAGGGGAUAUUGACUGAAUAUGCUUGUGGUCUGGAGGGCCUUUGUAUGGUUGCUUGCGAUGAAGGUAAUGAUACAUUCAACAAUGGCAAAGAGUCACCUGGAACAGGAACAAGUAUAGAGGGUGAACAUGACGAUAAAAAAGUGUGCAGCACGUUUGAGCAGACAAUUUCUACCACAAUUACUUUUUACCAACUCAAGAGGUACUCGUUAAGGAGGUUGGACCACUUGCUCAGCAUUUUCUUCAAUAUCCAGCUUGUACUGGCGCUUCAAUUUUCCAGUGUCUUGAAACACAUCAGGGUACUCCUUCAAGACUUCUUCCAUUGAAACGGGGCACUGUCUACGGCGCUGAACCUCUAUAUUGACGGCUAUAACAUUUUUGUGUUGCACCCUGACCAAAUCCAUCUGCUGCAUUGUUGGAUUUCCAAGCAUUAAGUGUAUAUUGUUACAGGUAAACAGAGAACAAUGAAAUCUUCACAAAGAGUUGAGCUGAAUUACAGAGAGAGUCGUGAGGUUGCAACUAAGUAUUUUUUUU